AUGACGGUAGCAAUGAGACAGUCUACGAUGCGUGAAAUUGACAUUAAGUUGGUGUGCGUUGGGGCCGCAAACACGGGGAAGACGACAUUUCUUCGCUGCUGGGAAACCGGCAAUCCCCCAAUGCACUUGUCCACAACCAUACAGAUGGAGUUUCAUCGGCGUGAAAUGUCCAUUGCCGUCCCAUCGCCGGUGUAUUUUGAAAAAAAGAAUCGAAGUGUAGAGGAGUUUAAAAUGACAACAAGCAAGAAUUUUGUGGGCGACAAUGCACUUGAUGGGAACGAUGAAAGGUUACACCGGGAAGACGCAUUUGGGUGCAGCAGCAUCAGCGGCGACAAUAGCAACAACAACAAAAGCAACAGAGAUAACGCACACAAUAUUGCGCAACCGUGCAGUUUGCCUUUUUUCCGUAAUGAAAAUGGGGAACGUCUUCUCUCUUCUUCUGUGGGUAAAGGGAACGGCAACAAUGGUAACAGUAACAGUAACAGUAGUCAUGGAUUUCCACAUAAUCCCUUUGGAAGCGAGUAUGUCCUUUUACCACCGCGAAUUCCGCCGCCUCAUUUGAAGGCGUUUCCUAAUAGCAGUAGUACUGGUAGAAGAAUUUGUUCCCUUUUUUAUGAAAAUGAUGUGAAGAAUGAAAAGGAAGGGAAGUGGCCACUCGUCCACGUUCCAGCAAUCGUUAAGGUGUGGGAUAUACAAGGUCAAGAGAGUACAAAAAAGAUGACACGUAUCUUUUACACGGGCGCCAUUGCUGUGCUUAUUUUUUGUGAAAUGAGCAACAGCAUGGAUUCCAUUAACAGCGCCUUGUCGUGGAAGAGCGAUGUGGAGCAAAAGAUACACAUUCCGAAGGAAAAAUCAUUAUUGGUAUCGUCGACGCCACCGGCGAUUGGAGGCAAAUUUGACACCAGGGGCGGAAAUUCAUCGAAAGGACAAAUUGAGGAGAUUGAGAGUGAAAACCCUCCAUGUUGGCUUGUUGUCAACAAGUAUGACCUUCUCUCGGGUUUCGCAUCACCACCGGAGUGGGCAUCUCACGCAGCGCUUGAUGAACUCUGUGCACGUCAUGGCUUUGCAGGCUGGUCCUAUGCGGUUGGUCGAAGAGGCGUGAAUGUUGAAGCGGUAGUGCAGGCUGUUAUUUUUGCCGCGAUGGAGCGCUUUCCACGCAAGUUUACAUGGGUGUGGGAGAACGAAACCAUCCAUGUUAGCUCCAAUGGGAAAGGGAGUGGUGUUGACCCGGUGGUCUUGCGCACACGAAAGCGUUUAAAACAACAUCAGCGGAGUGGGUGCUGCAGCAAGUAG